GCAGCUUCCAUCUGCAAGCGGUUCACUACUUAGGCUGCUUCCAUGUCAACAAUGACAAUGCAACUAUUAAUAUCAAAAGUAAGAACAGCAGCUACCUACUAUGCAUCAGACAGAUGCAUGCGUUCUGCAGCAGAAAGGAAGCACGACCAGCAAAACAAGCCGUUUGUGGUGUCUGAUCUGAUCUCUUUGCAAUAUGCCAAGGGAGACUCUCUCUGAGCAGAUGACUACACUCAGGUAUUGCUUCUUCACUGUUCUGAUUCUCAGUGUUUCUCUUCCAUUUGUUUUCUAUGCUGUUAAUUUGCAUGCACAAAGAUCUCUUCAGAGGCUCAACUUCUCAGUGAGCGCAACUUUAGCAGAAGCCUGUAAAGCACUUAUUGAAGACAGGGUGUUCUUUCUGAAGGAAAAUGCUUUAAAAACAUCAUUCAGGGAAUCCAGUUGCACAGAGUAUGUCACGCAGAACCACUACGUGACCCGCACCCUCUCGGCUGAGGAGGCUGCCUUCCCCAUCGCCUACGUCAUGACCUUGCACAAAGAGUUUGAGACCUUCGAGAGGCUAUUCAGAGCGGUUUACAUGCCCCAAAACAUCUACUGCAUCCAUGUGGACGCCAAGGCACCGGCCUCCUUCUGGCAGGCGGUGCGGCGCCUGCUGAGCUGCUUCCCCAACGCCUUCCUCGCCUCCCGGUCAGAGCGGGUGGUCUACGGAGGCAUCUCCCGCCUGCGGGCUGACCUCCACUGCAUGAGAGACCUGCUGGCCUCGGCCGUGCCCUGGCGCUACCUGCUCAACACCUGCGGCCAGGACUUCCCCUUGAAGACCAACCGGGAGAUUGUCCGGUGGCUGAAGGGCCUCGGGGGGAAGAACCUCACCCCUGGGGUGCUGCAGCCCCCACACAUCUCCGCCCGCACCAAAUAUGUGCACAGGGAGCAAUUAUACUCUUUAUUUUCUUUCAUGCUGUGGACAUUUGUACGCAAGCCCCCUCCCCCGCACAACCUGACCAUCUACUUUGGCUCCGCGUACGUGGCCGUCAGCCGGCCCUUUGUGGAGUUCGUGCUGGAGGACCAGCGUGCCAUUGACCUGCUGGCCUGGUCCGAGGACACCUACAGCCCCGAUGAGCACUUCUGGGUGACGCUCAACAGGAUCCCGGGUGUCCCAGGGUCCAUGCCCAACGCAUCGUGGGAAGGUAACCUGAAAGCAGUGAAGUGGAUGGAUAUGGAAGAGGGCCAUGGAGGUUGUCAUGGCCAUUAUGUCAGAGGCAUUUGUGUAUAUGGAACAGGUGACCUCAAGUGGCUUUUUAACUCCACCUGUAUGUUUGCAAAUAAGUUUGAGCUUAAAACAUAUCCCCUGACUGUAGAGUGCCUGGAGCUGAGGCAUCGGCAGAGAACCUUGUCCCAGAGUGAGGUGCAGGUGGAACCCAACUGGUAUUUUUAGCUAGCCCAACCCCAGGCUACGACAUCCAUAAAAGCGAUCAAGAGAAUAGCGGCAGCAAUCUUAAUUUCGGCUGUGCCAGAGGCAGAAACUCAUGAGACGGGUUUCUUUAAGAUGUUCUGUAGAUGCAGCUUGGAUUGGCUUGUCUCGCACUGCCUGCGAAUCUCACCACGAGGUGCAAUUUAACACCUGGAGGCCAAAAUGUGAAAGAUCCAACAAGAGACAUGAGGGCAAAGCUCCUCUUGCAGCUGGAGGAGCUUAGCACUUUUGCCUUUUUGCAUGUGCUGUUUUCCAGCCCCAGCUUUUGUCUUGCUCCACUGCCAUCGCCACCUUUUACUAUCAAAAUAUAAACAGUCAUGCAUCUCUAGCGCUUCUUGUGUCUAAAAGACAAGUGUGCACAUUUGGUAAGCAAAAAGGUCACAGUCAGCAAGAUCUCCCAAGCAGGAACACAGCUGCUGGCCGUACGUACAGAUACCGUUUUGUCAAAGACACUGGUAUUUACUGCAGAGAGCUGAUGGAAAAGUACUGGAAAUGGAAUAAAGACACUUUG